AUGCCACAAACGGUCAAUAACGAGAACGAGUACAGAAUCACCCGAUCCAAGGCUGCUCCUACAGUCAGCACCGUACAUUUGUCCCUGGACGAUUCACAACAGCCCGUUUCUGUCGAUACCAGACAGUAUCUUGGCGACAUCUCCAAUCAGAUGGGAGUAGUUUCUACUUCUACAACCACAAGACCAGCUAAUCUCAGAAGACGUCCCUUAGGUGGUGACAUCGCUCCCUUGCAGCAGCAAACUCGAACCAAUACCAACUCACAACGUAUUCACGAUCCGCUAGCUAGUACCGCUGGCAAUGAUGACAACGUUAGUGACAUCGAAAACAGACCUUCAGACUACGUAGGAGUUGCAGAAUCUUCAGAUAAAACGGCAGUACCUGCUCGUCUUCCCCAGAAAAGACAGGCUACUGAGUCUCUGACUAACUUGGUGGAAAAGCUCCGUGGCUCUAAUCUCUCUAAUAACAGUACCACUAAUAACACCGGUAGCUACAAAAAGUCCAAGCUCAUCGACUACGAAUGGCAGGACUUGGACGAAGAAGACCUCGACGACCCAUUGAUGGCUUCUGAGUACGUCAACGAUAUCAUGCAUUACUUCUACGAGUUGGAACGCAGAAUGUUGCCCGAUCCACAAUACUUGUUCAGACAAAGACACUUGAAGCCCAAAAUGAGAUCCAUUCUCGUCGACUGGCUUGUAGAGAUGCACCUCAAGUUCCGUUUGUUGCCUGAAAGUUUGUUUUUGGCCAUAAACCUCAUGGAUAGAUUCAUGUCUUUGGAAGUAGUCCAAAUAGACAAGUUACAAUUGUUGGCUACGGGGUCGUUGUUCAUUGCUGCAAAAUACGAAGAGGUGUUCUCGCCAUCGGUAAAAAAUUACGCCUACUUCACCGAUGGCUCAUACUCAGAGGAUGAAAUCCUACAAGCAGAAAAAUACAUACUAACUGUCUUGAAUUUUGACCUCAACUACCCAAACCCAAUGAAUUUCUUGAGGAGAAUAUCCAAGGCUGAUGACUAUGACGUCCAGUCCAGAACGUUGGGCAAAUAUCUUCUCGAAAUCACUGCAAUCGACUAUAAGUUUAUUGGAUAUAAACCAUCGUUAUGCUGUGCUUCAGCCAUGUAUUUAGCCAGGCUCAUUCUCGGCAAGUCGCCAGUGUGGAACGGAAACUUGAUCCACUACUCCGGAGGCUAUAGAGUCAACAACAUGAAGGUAUGUGUAGAGAUGAUCUUCCAGUACUUGAUCUCUCCUGUAGAACACGACGAGUUUUUUAAGAAGUAUGCGACAAGAAAGUUCAUGAAGGCUAGUAUGUUGUGCCGAAGCUGGGCCAAGAAGUUCCAUGCCGAGGGCAAGGACCUCUUCGACGAAAAGUUAUCUACCCAUAGACUCACCAUUGAAAAUUAGGAAGUGGCAUAUAAAGAGUGGAGUAUAAGCUACCAAUCAUUCUAUUCAUUCAUUUCAUCCCAGGAUCCAAAACGAUACCAUUUACCCCACGAAUGGGGUGUCCAAACAAUCAAGGGCUCGACGUCCACUCCUUUUUUGCAUCAUAUUAUAAUUUUACUAUUUUUAUUCUCACGACUAAUGUUCUCUCCACAAACAAUUGCAUAGAGCUUAUUGAUUGGUCUUGGACACACCGCACUCGAAUUGCUUACGAUUUAUAUGUAUAAUCCGAUAAACUAUAAACAC